UAGGAGUCUCUUGUGGAUGACAGCAGGGAGCAGUGCUGGAGAUGCUGUAGCUCAAACUACCGCUAGAAGACAAACGCCGUGGUCCUCCCGCCUCACCAAAGCUCCUGAGUGCGGCUCAUGGAACAGGAACUAUUUUUAAUAAACCGAUGAAUGGGACUUUGCCCCGCGCUGGAUCCUGAGCCUGGCUCUGUGUGGAAGUGGAGCGCAAAAGCAGACAGAGGGACAGUCUUUUCUUUCAGUGAGAGCCGAGGUGGAAAAGACGCAGCAAUGACAGAGCGGCAGUCGUGCGCAGCGGCAAAAUAGACCAACUAUUGUGGGGACGGAAGAUUGAUAACACAACUGGGCGAGCGACGAGAGCGGCAGAUGUAAUUUGCAGCUGGUUUGGUGCCAGUGGUGUGCUGGAUGGGUUAUUACUGCGUGCUCCUUUUCAUCAGUCGCUGCUUCCAGCGUUUCCAGAUUACUUGGGGAUCUCGGACGGCUGUCUGUGAGGGAGUACUGCUACAGAGACUAACGGGGAAUGCCAUGUGUCGUUACGCGACAUAGAAGCUCUUUGUGGGCUGUUUUGCACCGGGGACAGGUGGUGCCGCGUGUGUGUAUAUGUGUGUGUGUGUGUUGAAACUAGCAGGGGGCACGGACACACAACCCCUGAGACAGUUGUCUUAGGGAUGUCAGGCCGGCGUACGGGAUCAGUUUUUGCCAGAGACAGGUGCGACAGGGAGGAGUAGUUUACAAAGCCAUACACAGGAUCUGGUAACGCACUAACGAGCCUCCCCUCUCCUCUGAUCACUCCCGGAUUUUUUGUUUCCAGUGGGACACACAGUUGACUCAUACAGACGUUGUUUCGGCGGCACCAUUCCCUUGAUAAUCUGAGAGUACAGUUCUGUUGCUAUGGCGACCGUGGCCCCUCCCUCCUUCUUCCUGCUGUGUUGGCUCCUCCGAAUGGGCAGCUCGGCAUUCCCUGAGGAACCGGGGCCCCUCAACUUCAUCCCCACUGAAGUGGUGAGACGAUAUCCAGUGUUUCUGGGCCGACCCCACCGAACAUGGCUGAGACAAGAGCCUCUACACAUCCAGAGGAUCCUGCAAGUCAAUCGAACACUGUACAUUGGAGCCAGGGAUGACCUUUUCCGUGUGGAGUUGGACAUUGUUGCAGGAGACGAGAUGUUUUACAGUAAGAAAAGAACAUGGGAGUCGAACAAGAAUGACAUCAGGAUCUGCAGGAUGAAGGGCAAACAUGAGGAUGAAUGCCGUAACUUCAUGAAGGUGCUGCUCAGCAGGCAAGGAGGCCUGUUUGUGUGUGGGACCAAUGCCUUCAACCCACUCUGUGCCAAUUAUACUGGAGACACUCUGGAGAUGGUAGGAGACACAGUCAGUGGGAUGGCGAGAUGCCCUUAUGACCCCAAACAUGCCAAUGUAGCGCUGUUUGCAGAGGGGAAUCUGUUUACAGCCACAGUGACAGACUUCCUGGCCAUUGAUGCGGUGAUCUAUCGUAGCCUUGGGGACAGUCCCGCUCUGCGCACCGUCAAGCACGACUCCAAGUGGUUCAGAGAGCCGUAUUUUGUCAGUGCUGUGGAGUGGGGACCUCACAUCUACUUCUUCUUCAGAGAGAUAGCCAUGGAGUUCAAUUACCUGGAGAAGGUGGUGGUGUCACGUGUGGCCCGGGUGUGUAAACGGGACCAGGGCGGGUCUCAGCGCGUCCUUGAGAAGCAGUGGACGUCGUUCUUGAAAGCCCGUCUCAACUGCUCCGUCCCCGGUGAUUCCCACUUCUACUUUAACCUGCUCCACUCCACCAGUCCCAUCAUCAGGAUGCACGGCAGGGACAUCAUUCUCGGGGUGUUCUCCACACCGGCAAACAGUAUCCCGGGUUCGGCGGUGUGCGCCUUUGACAUGGAGCAGCUGGCGGCAGUGUUUGAUGGGAGGUUCAAGGAGCAGAAAUCACCCGAGUCUAUUUGGACGCCUGUUCCAGAUGAAGUCAUCCCGAAGCCAAGACCCGGGGGCUGUGCUGUUGAAGGAUCCAGGUUUAAUUCUUCCAACUCUUUCCCUGAUGACAUGCUCAACUUCGUCAAGACCCAUCCACUGAUGGAUGAAGCUAUCCCGUCACUCGGACAAAGACCGUGGAUAGUCAGAACCAUGGUUAGGUACCAGCUGAAUAAGAUUGUGGUGGAUACAGAAGCAGGGUCUUACAGAAACCGAACCGUCCUUUUCCUCGGGUCGAGCAGAGGUACCAUCCUCAAGUUCCUUAUCAUGCCCAACCAGGACAACACCGUCACCAACAGCAACAUCUUCCUGGAGGAACUGGAGGGAUUCAACCCUGAUAAGUGUGCCGAAGACUCUCCUCAGGCCAGGCAGCUGUUGUCUCUGACUCUGGACCGAGCGAGCCACACUCUUCUCCUCGCCUUUCCCUCCUGUGUGGUCAGAGUACCAGUGGCGCGAUGCCAGCUCUACUCCCGAUGCAUGAAGAACUGUAUCGCCUCCAGGGAUCCUUACUGUGGCUGGACCAGAGGAAGCACCUGCUCUUUCCUCAGACCUGGGACCAGACUGCCGUUCGAGCAAGAUGUUGAACAGGGAAACGUGGCCCACUUGGGUGACUGUGACGGAAUGCUGCUCCAAGAGAGUUUCAUUGAGGAGCCUGACGGCCUAGUGUCAGUAAACCUGCUGGUGGUGUCUGCUGUUUCAGCCUUCGCAACAGGAGCCAUCCUCUCAGGCCUGACUGUCUGCUGGAUCAUGAGUCACCGCCACCGCCACUCCCGUAGCUCUGGUGCUAACGGCGCUCGCCGCAAAAGUGACAAAGAGCAGAGCAUGCUGGGUCAGGGCCGCAGUGGGUCAGUGAUGAGCGUAACAAGAACCAGCGGUGGCGAGAGGCGUCGUUCGCAGGCAGACAACCCCUUUGUAACACCCAACGGCUGGCCUAAAGGAGAGAUGGACCCAGGAUUGCUGCCUACCCCAGAGCAGACCCCGUUGCAGCAGAAACGGGCCAUGCGUCUCCCGGACACCGACUGGGACCAGAGCCAGACCUUCCUCACUGCUGUGGGGACUCCGUGCCCCAACAACUCUGUCAUCUACCUGAGCUCCAAGUUCCUUCAUGGAGGUGGAGGGGGUGGAGGGAUGGUCCGGAUAGAGGACCCAGGAGAGGUUGUGCUACCCCCGCACACAGAGCGCCAGCGCUACCUGAUCCUAGCCACGCAGAGAGGGGAGCAUGGUGGCAGCCGUCCCAGCGGCACCCUGAGGAACUCAGCGGGAGAAUACAUCUACCCCGCCACGCCACAGGACUCUCCUGACCGACGGAGGGUGGUUUCUGCUCCCACUCCCCACAUGGACUAUGGGGAGCCUCGCUGGAGUCAUGAGGCGCUCAACUACAACAGCAACAAUGGAGCACCCUAUCACUCCCAGCGCCAGGGCCUCAUCAGGCCAGACAUGCAUGGGCCUCGAGGGCUGGGAGAACUGGCUGACUUCAGCCAUCUUCUAGGGAAGAACAUGGGAGAGCGCACCCCCAGUGGCCAGUGAGGUGAAGUACGUGAGCCCUGACACCAAACUCUCUCUGAAAACCCAUUCCCUUCAACAGUAAACUGGAAUAAAUCAACCCCUCAGAGUCACUGUCCCGGUCCAACUAUACCCUUUCUGUCCUCUCUCACUGUCAUUCAAUGUUCAAUGACGUCAUUCAGCUGACUGAAGAGAGAGACAGAGAGAAAAGAAACAAAGAGAGAGUUGAAAAAGAGGAGAACACUCUCCUCACAUCUCUGUUCCUCUGCUCUUAAUCUGAGGUGCACCCCUCUGCUCUGUUAGUGGUACGACCCACAGAGAGUGACUUUGACACCACAGGACAAACAGUAAGGUACAGGGAGGGGUGCAAAGGAAGGGGAAUCUUCUCAAAAGGACAGAGUGGAGAUUUAAAAAAAAAAAAAAAAAGACAAUUUCGCUUGCAGCGCCAAAUGUGAAAGGUCUCCCUCCAUCAUUUUGUUCACCGUUUUGAAACCAUGGAUUCUUCUUUGAGUGUGAAACUUUGUUUCUGCUUUUGUUUGUUUGUUUUUUGUGUCAGUGGCAUCCAGCAGACAACAAUGUGCUUUACUUUGGAUUUCAGAUGAGACAAAAACUGUUGUAGCCGUGCCAGAGGGCAGUUACUCUCGAUCGAUCAUGCAGUGUGUAUCUGUGUGUGCGUUUGAUUGUGUGAAUGAGUGUGGCCACAACAACCCCAACCAGUGUCCUGUCUUAACUGUGAAGAAUAACUAUAUAAUGAAGUAUCUGUAAGGAGAAGGUUGGUGUUAACAUUAUUUUCCUUUUUUUAUAAACAAUCACAGAGAGAUAAAUGGAUUGUAUUAUGUGUCUCUCUUAUGUGUUUACCAAUCAGAGGUUUGGAUGGUUGACCAGUGUCUAGUGAAGGGCUGAGUGUAAUUUUUGUGAUUCCCAGUACCUCAGAAGCAGCACUGGACAGAGCCUUGAUGAAGUGAAAGAGAGCAAUAAUAAGCAAGAAACAUAUAAUGAUGAAGAAAAAAGCCAAUUUAAUUUGAUAUUUUUUAUAAUAUCACUGUUUUCUCAGCAAAGAACAGUAAAGUUUAGGGACGUCAGAAAGAGCAGAGCGCUGGGAAAAGGAACAAUAUCUCCCCUCCAUUCUUCUCUCCCUCGCUGCCUCUCAGUAUGCUUGGGUCUGUCUGACCUGACCUGAGGCCUCCCUGGGCUCCGCAGUCCAUUUGAAGGGGGGAAUGUGAGCUGUGGCUGUCUGGCUGUCUGACUGAGGCUGUGAGGCCUGGCCGCUUGGGACCUCCAUUCAGCCUCUUCUGCCCGACACUGAGCCUCUUUGUGCCCCAGAAGCAGGAGGAGACUGCUGCAACAAAUAGCCGUUAAGAGUCAGGGACCUAGCCCAGCACCGCAGCAUAGCAGAAUAUCAAUGAGGAGGACAGCAGCCCCAUCCGUCAUGUGAGAUGUACCAACCAGGCCCGGGCAUCUCUUAUGCUUCACCCACUUGCCAGGACAGGGAGGAGCUGAGGGCUGAAGCUGGGGCUGAGGCCAGGGUUGGGGCACUGCUAACUGUCACAAUGGUCAUCCCUUGUGGCUUUAUCCCUUUCUGCCUUUCAGUGUGUUUCCCAACAAAAGCAGGAUCAAGAAAACAGAUGGGCAUGGGUAUACUUGGGUAUGGAGUUACUCUUUCACUCCGUUGUCUUUUAUGUUUUCUGUUUUUGUGUGUUCUAAUCUGUUCUUGAUUCAGAUGUAGAUCCAGAGAUAGUCUUAGUUCAUCUGGGUCACCAUGGUCUUUUUGUGUGUGUCUGUCUGUCGGCUUGUGUGUGUGAGUCUCUUAGGGCUUGUAUCCAUUAAUGUGUUGCUCAUAUUGAGUGCAAAAAAAAAAAAAGCUUUGAUCACAUAUACUCUCAUUCUCACCCUUCCUUUUUUCUCCAACCCCAUUCUUUUCUCUGUUGAGCCAUUAAUGUUGUGCUACAACCCUUUGCCUGACAUUCACAAAUCUGUGCUAACAGUGUCAGAGCCCUGCGUGGGAGCAUUACAUGCUAUACAGUAUACUUAAACCAUUAUACAGUGCACAAAGACGUGCAGAUAAAAUGGAGAUGAUGGGCUGUGCUGAAGGGAAUUUGGGGUCAGAUGGUAGACACUGCCCACAUGAUAAAAUAUCACAGUGUAUAAAACCGAGGGCUCAGUAUUGCUUAAAACUUUUAUAAAACUAGUGCCAAUAUACUAUGAUGCCUUUCAAUUUUUGACAUCAUAAUUAAAAAUAUGUUCAGAAGAUGCAUAUUUUUCCACAAAUCUCUAUUUUGAAUUUAAGAAACAUUGUGUUGCUUCAUAGGGUCUUUUCGCUUAUUGUUUUGAUUUUCCGACCCAUAACGGAAUUGUUUUGGUUCAGCUGUAAUCAGUGUCGUUUUCAGCCACAGCAGGCAGCUGUUUUCAAGAAAAAUACUUAAGAAAAAUCUAUGCCACCUGCCUAGCAACAAACAACAGUCAAAGUUAACGACGAGCUAGUGAACACGUUGGAGCAUUUAGCAGCUAAACAUCCAGGCAUUUGCCACAGGAGUUGGUAGAGACCAAAAACGGAGCUAAAAGAAACAUAAAUAUUGGACUCACAUUCACAGGGUGGACACAGACAUGACUCCAAAUGAAUGAUAUUAUUGCUCUGUAUCUAUUGGAUGUGUAAAUAGACAACUUUAAGCUAACACAUUAGCCUUAUGUGGUGAUAAUAUGUCAGUGUUGUCUUGAAAACUUUUGCCCCCAAGUAGUCAAAAACAGUUCUUCAGUUAUUGCAUGCUUAAUGUGAAAAUACGUAGGCUGGGUACAAUAGUGACAAUACAUUAUUUUGAGAAAUUGAAUCUUGUUUUUCUACAAAAUACUUUUUCCAUUUACCAAAAGCCAAAGCAAUGACUUGUCUAAACACUGUCUAAACGCAGUGUAAAUUUAAUGUGAAUUUAAUGCUUAAUGUAAAUUUAUGUAAAUCAAGAACUGUCUGAUCAAAGAAAAGGUAAACAAGCUUGUAACUCAGAUCAGGUUUUUGAUACCAGCUGACAUUUUUGCCACUGAGAUUUGAUACCCAGCCCUAAAAAAUGAGACAGCCAAGAGUCUGAUGUGGUGCAUGAGACGAGCCAGUGUAAGAGAUUUAUUAAAGCAAGGACAGAGGAGGAGGUCAGGCGGACGAACAUGAUGUUACUGCAUUACCGCCUCUCCACAUUAGUACAGUGUAUUCUUUAUACAUUCCACCCUGAAACAGGUCAUUAGUAUUGAGGAUACUGAGCUUUCCAGCAGCCCAGCCCCUCAUCUCUGCCUCUCUUUAUCUCUCUCCUCGUCUACCAUCUCUGCCGUGGCCUGAGUUCUGCAUGCCUGUCUGUCUGUCAGUGUGUGUGUGUGUGUGUGUGUGUGUGUGUGUGUGUGUGUGUGUGUGUGUAUAUGAAUGAGACCUCUCUGUCUUGGCUGCCGUACCCAUCCAGCCGUGUCCUCGCUCUGCAUCUCCUCUGGUGUUUCACUAAACAUGCUUGAUUAGGCAAAGUACAUUCCCGGCCCUCUAAUGGCCUGAUGAGCCCCUGAGAAGAUUACUACAGACACAUCAGCCCUGAGAGGGAGGUGCACGUUCAACCAGCUCUUUACCCCUCCGCUAACCAACAGCCACACACACACGCGCGCACACACAUACACGUACACAUGCAUGCAUGCAUACACACAAUCUCUGCAGGGCCCUUUAACCAAAUGCGGGAUGCAAUUGAAUUAAAAUCAGAAAUAGACCUCACGCUUGAAAUAGGCCAACAAUGACUGGUUCUGGGAAAGGUACCGUACAUGAUGUUAUCUUACUGACUGCAUAAUUCGAUUACCUUAGUUCAACAUUUUGGGGCAGCUAAAGAACUCAGAUGUAACCUCAUGAAGGUCAGUCUGUUUAUUAAAGCCAUCAUCCUCCCUCUUUUUUACAUACUUCAUGUCAUUCCCACUCCUCCUCUCACUACAGCUGCACUAUCUCUCUGCACACACACACACACACACACACACACACUCAAGUAAUAUCUCUACCCAGGCUGUGCUUUCGUCCUCUUUGUCACUAUUAAAAGGUUAGCUAGUUAAUUUAAUGAGUUGGUGACAGAAACAGGAAUCAAAAAAAUUUACAAAAUCCUGCUUUAUUUCAUAUCCAAUCCUUAAUGUGUUACAAUUUUGUUGGACAUUCUCAAAGCCUGUCAUACGGUAAAUUGCUUUUUUUUCCUUAGAAAUUAUUGUUUGCCUUUUUUUUUGUAGCACAUAUUGCCUCCAGUUCUACACACACACACACACACACACACAACACACACACACACACACACACACACACACACGCUCCCUCUUUAUCUCUUCAGUGCACAUAUUGUCAUAAACACACUUGAAAUUCCCACCCAGCCCUCAUGACCCAGUCUGUCUGUGUAUGUCAUUAUUUAUCAGGUUGUGUUUGAGUCUGAAGAGACCAUGCCUUUCUGUUUUGGGGUUGUUUAUGCCAUGUGGCCCAGUGAUGAGAUGCCCCCCAGCCAAUAACUGCCAUCUUGCCCUGCAGUGCUCCUGUACUGUACUGUCUGUGCUCUGUGCCCUAGAAAGAGUCCAGAAACGGAGGCUAACUUGUAUUAAAUCCACCAUCACAGUGAGGAGCAGUGACAUGAACCUGCUCCCUUCCAAGCCAAUACAUAGGAGAGGAAAAAGCACAAAAAGGCGAAAACAAAAUCAACAUUUGCAUUUUUGUAAAAUUGUAGAUGUAUUUAGUCAGCACUGAUCAUUUUUGUCAAGUUUGUUUUUUCUAUCGUUUGUUUCUGUGGUAGAUAUUUGGUUUGAAAUUAUAUGGGAUAUUAUUGUAUAUGAUUUCAAUUUCAAUUCUCUGGUGUGCCGGAUUUGAUGACGACAAUGAAGACGAACUUGAUGACUAUCAUUAUUGUUAUUAUAUUGACAGUGACAGUGGAUUAGUGCUAUGAUCAGCACUGAGCUAUUGUGUCCUGUUUGGAUGCUGAAUCUGAAAGGAGGAAGAAGAGGAGUGAAUGAACUCAUACAGACUGGGGUUCAAAAAGAGACUUCUCUCCUGUAGAGUGGAGUCUCCUGCUACUGUGAAGGACCCGCCGUCCUGUGGCUCUCACCAGAGGCUGGCCCCCACCAUCGCCCCGGGUACCUCGGGGCACAGUGUCAUCAGAUGACAACACAUGUUCCUACUACGUGUACAUAACCUUGAUGCUUACAUGUAAUUAAAGUGCAGUAGCUGCAUGACGACACAGCCUCUGUGUGUGUACAGAAGUAGCGACGUGUGAAUUUGUACAGUACAUGCAAGUGUGUGUGCUUGUGUCCGCAAAGAAAUCUGUUUGUCGUCACGCAAAAAGCAACACGUGCAUGCACCUUCCAACAACUGCACAGAACACACACAUAUUAAACACAAACACACAUACACAAACACACCCAAGCAGUUGUUCACCAUUCUCCACAUUGUCCUGAGCUCUGCCUGUCACUCCGCAUGGAGACUUUGCUCUAUGUCAACUUUCUUAUUCUAAUAAACCACUCAGACAUUGA